UAUAAACCCUCUGAGAGCCUCUGAGGAAACCACUGGAUAAAAUAGACCAAGAGCAGCUCAUUGUGUAGCAAUACUAAUUCGUGCCAUGGAAGGCAAUGCUUCAGACAACACUUCAGCUCCCAUCUGCACCAACGUUGAUACUCUAAUGAAGAGGUAUUAUCUCCCAGCAAUGUAUAGUACAAUCUUCAUUGUAGGCUUAUUGGGAAACCUAUUCGCCAUCACAGUGUAUCUGGUCAAGAUGAGACCAUGGAAGAGCAGCAGCAUCAUCAUGUUUAACCUUGUGGUAACAGAUUUUCUGUAUAUGUUGAGUCUGCCCUUCUUGGUAUACUACUACAUCAAUGGCGAUUCCUGGACCAUGGGAGAUUUCAUGUGCAGGUUUGUGCGCUUCGCUUUCCACUUCAACCUUUACGGGAGCAUCCUCUUCCUCACCAGCCUCAGUGUCUUCCGCUACGUCGCCAUUGUCUACCCCUAUCGAGCUCAGCAGGUGCAGAAGAAACGAUGGGGCAUCCUUCUUUGCACCAUUGUCUGGGCAACUGCAGCAGUGGCAAUCACCCCUAUGACGACAAUGAUCUCUCUGACUGAAUUGCAGAAUGUCACGCAAUGCUUAGAUUUUGCGAGCAAUGACUUGGAAACAGUUUGGUGGUAUAGCUGGCUUUUGACAGUGCUGGGGUUUCUCGUGCCCUUAGCGACUGUAUGCAUGUGCUACUUCAGCAUUGUACGGGCGCUGAGCACAGGGCCUCACACUCAGAGUGAGUGCAGGAUAAAGGCCCGGCGUCAUGUCGUCCUCAUCAUAGUUGUGUUUGUGCUGUGCUUUCUGCCUUUUCAUAUAUCAAGAGCCAUCCGGGUGCAAACCAGGAGACCUAGUUUUGACUGUCUUGUGAUGAGGCAAGCUCAUGCAGCAUACAUCUUCUUUAGGCCGAUUGCAGGUCUGCACACUUUUUUCAACUUAGCUUUGAAUACAACUGCUGGGGAUCAGUUUCAGAAAGCCUGUAGCGAGCUUUUCAAUUGCUUCCGUUGUGAAUCAAAACGCAAGGAAGUUUGCAACAUGGCUGUCAUUUCAUAAAUCCGACAACCCUUCAUAAAUGUAUAUGUAUACGAUUUAAAAACACUGUUUAGGUAACUUUCAAGAAGUAAUAUUGAAGUUUUUCUGUUUAUGCAAUUACUGUGAACCAAAGCUAGUUUCUAUCGUAUGUUAAAAGCAAAUGUUGAAACCAUGCUAACCAACUUUUGGUGAUGCCAGCAAGCUAAUGACAUAAUGAUACAAUGCCAGGAGACCAAGGGUUUAGCUUUAGAUUAAUGUGAAUAUGUGGGUCAGACACUUAAUGAACACUGAUCAAACUCCAUCUCAUGGGAAUUUUAGAUCCAAGGUAUGAUUUAAAAACAUAUUUGUAUUUAAAAUGUACAGCAUGUAGUUCACCUUACCUGCAGUGUACUAAGUAUAUUUAGAGAAAUUAAAAAUCUUUAUCAAUGUCUUGAUCAAUGUUUGUCUCAAUUCAUUACAACUGUACAUUUCUUUUUAUUACACACUUCAUUUAAAGUGUUUGCUAGUAAAGAAAUUGAAUUACUUGUCAACAGCCUCAUUUAAAUAUCACAGCUAUCAUUUACUAGGUUUCCUUUAUAAAAGACAUUAUGGCAAACUUUAAUGUUUUUUUUUUUUUAAACUGGCAAAUUUAUUUCAAACACAGUCACUAAUUAAAUACUAUUAAAACAUGUAAUGUGACUUCACCAUUGUGUGUCUGUCUGUAAUAUGAGACAAUGUAAGACUUUGAAUGAUUUGUUUCCCCAAAACACGCACACUUUCCUGUACUGUAAUACAUAUUGUAAUGAUACAUGGUUUUAUGUUUUAUUUUAUUUUUAUUUUUUUUUAUAAAUGUUUAAUAGCUGUAUUGUUUCAAUUUCUUAAAUAAAAACAUGUGCUGAACUACAACCCAUUUUGCAGUUUACUGGUA